AAGCGGAAGGGGAGCGCUGCCCGGCCUGGGCGACGGCGCGGCGCUGGACCGGGAGGCGGAGGAGGUGGGGUGGAGGACGGAGGGUGCCGCUGGCGGCCACGGGAGCAGCGGCGGCGAGAGGCGAGCCCCCUGGCGCCGAUUCUCAUGGAGAACUGUUUUUGAGGAGAGAUCCUUUCAUUCGGAUGUAAUUAAAAAAAAUGAAUCAAGAUAAAACUUCUAAGUGCAAGUACCAGAAAAAUUACAACACAUCUCAGUGAAUUCGCAAGUGACAGAGGAGCAGCACUGUCUUCGGUUUGCUGGUUGCUCAGGAUGUGUAAGAGUUUCUGUUUGGCCAUAAGCCACGCCUGUCAAUAUUAACUGACUGGAGUGAGCCUACACUGCAACUCUACCAGUUACUGCUUCUGGGUGUAAUCUGAUUUGGAGUUCUUGGAAGACUACUGUUUUCUUCUCUACAAUCCCCUUUUGUAAGGAUUGGGUGGCACUAAUUUUCACUAAUCAGGUCAUCUUUCCUUGUGGGUUGGCAGGCAGUUGUAGGACUGCACAAUGGGGCUCCGGGUUCACUUUGUUGUUGACCCGCAUGGCUGGUGCUGCAUGGGUUUGAUUGUCUUUGUCUGGUUGUACAAUAUUGUUUUAAUUCCCAAAAUUGUCCUCUUUCCUCACUAUGAAGAAGGACAUAUUCCAGGCAUAUUAAUAAUAAUAUUCUAUGGCAUUGCCAUAUUUUGUCUGGUUGCCUUAGUAAGGGCCUCAAUAACUGAUCCAGGAAGACUCCCUGAGAACCCUAAGAUCCCACAUGGAGAAAGGGAGUUCUGGGAAUUAUGUAACAAGUGUAAUUUGAUGAGACCAAAGCGUUCCCAUCAUUGCAGCCGCUGCGGUCACUGUGUUAGGAGGAUGGAUCAUCACUGUCCAUGGAUUAACAAUUGUGUUGGUGAAGAUAAUCAUUGGCUUUUUCUACAGUUGUGUUUCUACACUGAACUUCUUACUUCCUACGCACUGAUGUUUUCUUUUUGCCACUAUUAUUACUUUCUUCCACUAAAAAAGCGUAACUUGGAACUUUUUGUUGUUAGACAUGAAUUGGCCAUAAUGAGACUAGCGGCCUUUAUGGGCAUUACUAUGUUAGUUGGAAUAACUGGACUCUUUUAUACUCAACUAAUUGGCAUCAUCACAGAUACAACAUCUAUCGAGAAAAUGUCAAACUGUUGUGAAGAAAUAUCGAGGCCCCGAAAGCCAUGGCAGCAGACCUUCUCAGAAGUUUUUGGCACUCGUUGGAAGAUCCUGUGGUUUAUUCCUUUCAGGCAGAGGCAACCACUGCGAGUUCCCUACCACUUUGCCAAUCACGUCUAAACAGAUGGAUGGUGGGCACAGAUGGGUCCUCCAUGCUGGAAGUGCGUUACAGGUUUUCUGAUAAUAGAACUAUGACAGUCUUCAAGUCAAUUAAAAUCCACCCACCAAUCUUAGGCAUCAUAAUGUGCCCCAGGCUUUAUUUCAGCAGUGAUCUUGAUCCUGUUGUGGGACUAAUACAAGAUCUAUAUUUAAGUUUUAAAGCAUGUUUACUUUCAAAUUAGCUUUCCACAGGGAUUUCUUUAAAUGCUUUUGUUAUUAAACUCAAGGGCAGUGAUUGGGAUAAAAUAAUUGUGCAUAAUUUCUUUUAGUACUGAUGUUAUAUAUUUUAAUUUAUGAGAAAUUUCAGAUUUUUAUUUAAAAUUUUCACCUUUCAGCAGUACUAACCAAAUCUAAAUUUAAUACUUCAGGCUUUACAAAAGUUGAUAUACCUUAUAUUAUCUAUAAAUUUUCUUUCUCAAAUACAAUUUAAAAUACAAUAUUUCCUUUUAUAUGUGCUGCAAGAUUUCUUUAAAUGCAGCAGCAUAACAUUGAACAACAAUAAAAAACAAAAGCAACAACAAAAAAGGGGCAGUAUUUUCUUAGAAGUAGCUUUUUAAUGUUUUAUCCUUUUUCUCUUCACCAAAAACAAAGUAAAAACUCCACUGAAAUAAAACCCAACUACCUACCUUAUUUUAAUAAGAGGAAAGAUUAAUUUUUCACCUACGUUAGUGUUCCUAUUUCUUUUCACUCUACUGUUGUAACUAUUGGUUGUUGUUAAAAUACUUGCUCCAAGGAAAAUUUUUGAACAAGUGGGCAUAUAUUUGUAUUUUACCGUAAGAUUUUGAUGAGCAAAAAGGGUAGAGAAUUUGCAAUAAUUCUACAGACACCUUUUCUAGUACAGUUAUAUUAGAGUGCAUAUGUUUUUAAAGUGCUAGUAUAACUAGAUAAUAUAUAAUGUACAGUAUAAAGAGGGAUAUUGUGCUUUUGAAAAAAUAUAUAUAUACUUUCUACUUUCAUUUACCUACUAGUAGAUCUAAAAUUACACACUGAAGUUUAACAUGUAAUAGAUAUUGGCCAACUAAUACUGAAAUUUUAUUUAUAGAAAGUUUCUAUUAAAAGUAACUAUAAUCACCCAAAUUGAAAUUAAAUUUUAAUUUGCCAACUAUAAUUUGGGUUGAGAGAUCUUCUGUUAGUGGCUAAUGUUAGGAAAUGACCUUAAAAUAAGAAAAUAUAAUGAUCUAUAUUCAUCAUUAGCCUUAUACAGAUUUAAAUUGUUAAUGAUAAUGGUCUCUUAGAAAGCAUAGAACAUCUGUGUGAAAACACAUUUAGCAUGCUUUGGAAAAAACUCAGCUUUUAAUUUUUUUCCAUUAGAAUACUGCAAAAUCCAUAUAUCUUUUUAAAGAAGUUUACAUACUCAGUCUUUCCAUUGAAGAGAAGAUUGAAUGGGUCCUAUUGUUCUUAGAGUGCAUCAUUAUUUUCCUUUUAUUUUUGAUGGUAAGAAGUCAUACUUGAGAAAUCAUGAAACAAGGUUUCCAUUAUCAGCCAAUUAACUAUACUGUGGUUACUUCUUUUAGAAAUUGUAAAUACCUUCUAAAUAAUAGAAUAAGCUGUUCUCAGAGAUAAAAAUACUGUAUCUUUUAUGUUCUGAUUACAGUGCUUUAUUAUUUUAAAAACUUAGAAGUGGCAGAUGAAAAUAUUUAUUGGUGCUGAUAGAUGCAUAGUAAAUUUAAUGUGAGAAAUAUAUUUAUAGGGCUUAAUGAACCACAAAAUUAGUAUGUUUAGGCAGUAGGUUGGGUUUUGUGCAAGCUUAACAUAUUGACCAAAUUUGGCCUGGUGACAGAAAUGUUAUAAAAAAGUUAUACAUAGAUAAUGUAGAUAGAUAGCAGUUGAAUGCCUUAUGCUUAUACAUUCCUUUUAAAUGAGGACCUUGAGAAAACAGCAAAGCCAAGUGCAGACCCCCUAAAGAGAUGAAUGGGCAUAUUUAUACUUCAUAUAGUAGCAGUAUCUGGGAGGUCCUCAGUUGCCAACCUUUGCCUCAAUAAGGAGGAAAGGAGUGGUUCUUUUUCCACUCUGAGGGUUUUUGUUUUUCUUAGAUUUACCACUUCACAGGCAUAUUCGCUUCCCUCUUUCUCUUUACCCUACGCGGUCCUGAUCCCUUGUACCUGAUUCCUUUAAGUUACUGGAAUACAAACUAAUAUACUCAGUGAGGCCUAUAUUAAUUUUGUUUGAAUGGCAGAAAUGCUACAUAUCAAUAUAUUUAUAUAAGAAUCUGUAUUAGAGUAUAUACUACAUAUACAUAUGAUGUAACUUUCAGUAUUGCCGAGCUUGCCAACCUAACUGGGUUUUGUGACUCUUGUUAGAGGAGGAGAGGCCCGCUGGCAGUGUUCUAGGGCAUGCAUGAGCUCUAGUGUUCUCUCUGCGCCCUCUUUUGGCUAAUUGAUGUAAUUAUAUUGGCUCUAGAGAUUUGCCCCACUAGUAAAUAGUAUAGACAAAUUCUGAACAUUAUCAGAGCUACAAACUUAGGGAGGGGAGUGUAUGUACAAAAAUUUAAGAUUUUAUGAAAACGAAUGUAUUCCUGUUGAUGGUGUCAAUGUGUAAUUGAUACAAAUAUGAUGACUACUAUUGCUUCAUUUAUGUAUAUUCUUACUAUAUUUUUUACUAUUAAUUGCAAAUUUAUUUCAAAUCAGGAUAAGCAAAUGUAAACCACUUCAUGAAUUUUAUUUUAAACCUUAUUUUGUCAAAUUAGGUUCUAUAACUUAGAAUUAGAAAGCCAUUACUUUGAGUAUACCAAUUUAUUACAAAACAAGUUUAUUGUAGUUAAAAUGGCAAGCAUCUCAUGUGUUUUAAUGAAGAUCUAAAAACAUACAUUUAGUUAUUUUAUCUCAGUUAUGAUUUCUUUUUUACUGAUUCUGUUGCAUUAAAAGAGUAAGAGAUUAAUAAUUCUUUCUAUGCUUUUUUAUAUUGUUUUAAAUUUUCCUAUUCAGUUAUAGCUGUAGCUUUAGUAGUCUGUUUACUAUGUACUGUGGAUAACCCUGAAAAUAACUAAAGAUGUUGAAAGUAAGGAAAUAUUUUUGAGCAGUGAUAUUACUGAUGUAAUCUAUAGGUUGGAUGAAAUAUUUAUAAGCAAAAUUUCAUUUUAAACAAAAUUUAUGCUCAGCAAAAGUAAUGAAUUGGGUUUCUGGAAAUGAAAGAUUUUUACCUAGAUGUUAUAAGUUACACCUCUUGAACAGUUAUAUUUUUGUAGUUCUUUUGUGUAAACAAAAAUGUUUACAGGUUUAAGAUUGUAGGCAAAAAUGGACUGAGUUCAGAAUGCCACAAACAGUAGGCAUUUAAUUAAAGAGCUUUUGAUACUUUGUAACCAAGAUUUAGAGUUUAAAAAUAUUAAGUUAACUGAUAUCCCGUUAUAAGAAAAUAGUAUUUUGCUUAAGAGUUGUAUUAAAAUAUUUGUGGUUAGCAUAAGAGAGAGGUAUAUUUAAGUUUUUAGUUAGCACCUUAGUGUAUUUUAAUAGAAGAAAGCAUAAUUUACUUUUAAUAGUAAUAGAGAAGUAGAGAACAUGAACAUAUGUAAAGUUCAGUGUUACAAUUGAAACUUCUCAGAGUGAACAUCAGUGAAUUGUUGCUAAUUGCUUAAGGUAUUUUUCUCUAAGGAUUUUGGCUAAUUUUAACUAUUCCUCAUCAGGCUUUUUCAAGCCACUUCCAUACAAGUAAUUAGUUGAAGGUAUGUUUCAUCCAAAGUGGUAUAUAUUAAUUCUGAAUGCUAAUCAUGAAGACUUAGGGCGACACUUCCAACCACGAAUUGUGAAGUAAUUAGAUUAUGGCCACACAAUUUUCUGUGUGUUAGAUCACAGGGCAGUUCAAGUGUUCUCACGUGUUGUAAUAAAAUCAAAAUAGGUCCAGCCCUCGUUUGCAAUGGUGUUAAUAGUAAAAAAGCUGCUAGUCUCUCCAUGGACUUUUCUCUGGUGUCAAACCACUUCCCUUGUGCUUUGUGUAUAAAUAGAUUACCUAACUCAAGUUUACUAAAAUAUUGCUGCUUCACUGAAUAAGGUUUUGACAUGACCUCUACUAAACAUUGACAUAUGUAGAAUUUAUUUGGUAAAGUUUACACUUACAAACAUUAAAUAAUUUACUAAUAGAUUAGAGUAUUUGACUUUUAAUUCUCAUCUACUAUUAAUGCUUUCAAAAAUAUAAGUUUUGGCAAAUGUAGUUAAUAAGUCAUGUACAUUUAGUGUGUUCUACUUGCUAGUGUUAUUAACCGUAUAAUUAAAUGAAUAAGCAUAUUAUUUAAUGUCCACAUUUGUUACCUUCUAUUCUAAAAAUCAUCCUCUGAAUUUAUCUGUAAGUCACAAAUGUUAUUGGCUCUGAAUUUAGCCAUUCUCAAUAGCAUUUUAUAUUCUACAGUAGGUGAGAAAGUAAUAGAACCAACUUGCUUAUGGUAUUUCAAACCAAUGUUGUUAUUCUGUGUACCAAUCAAUAUUUAGCAUUUCUGUUGCCUCUGGGUUGAUAAUGGUUUAACUUCAGGAAAAUAAUUGUUUUUCUCUGAAGUCCCUUUUUAGUAAUUUUUAACAACAAAAUUUACUACACUUUUGUCUGUUCUUCAGAUGUUUUAAUACUUCCUGCUAUUGCUAAUCUGAGACAGAAAUAACAAUGGAAUUUAAUUCUUAAGUCAUUGGUAUUGCUGGUGUUUUCCAGUAUCAUUACAUUUUUUACUGUUUUUCUUUUUCUCCUUGCCCACCAUAGAGGACAGUACAAAAGAGUGGUGAGUAGCCAAAACUGGAUGAAGUAGGGGAACUUCCUAAGAUGGAGAGGAAGGUAGGCAGCACAGUGAUAGUCAGCAUCUCAGCAGCAGGGUUGGCUGGGUACAGUUUCUGUGACAUCAGAAAAUCCCCCUGCUCUAGUCAUUUUAGCCUUAUCUAUUGUUGAUACCACUUUACUGCAAGAGUUGUUAAUGCAUGUAAGCAUUUAGUUUGAGUUAUUUUACCUAAGGAAUUUAUGUUGCUGAUUCUCUUCAGUUGGUCUGAUACUUUAAGAAAGUAUUUUAAUUUUAAAUAUCAUAAUUGUGUAGUGUAUGCUCACAUGAAGUGUUAAGAAUAAUGUGAAAGGUACAGCUAUUAAAUGCUGACAAAUGAAUAGGGUGCCCACAGUUUGACGAAAUAUCACCCAAUGCACACUGGGUCCCAGAAAAAACUGGGACCUUUUCUACAAGUCACCUAUUGCAAAAAAAGGAUAUUAAGUAUUACAGGAAAUUUUGUCACCAGAAGAAAACUCAAUAAUUUCUGUUUAUAAAGGUUGCUUUAUAAUUUAUAAAGGUCACUUUAAAAUUUGGGCUAUUUUGGAGAUCUCCGUAUCUGCUGGUAUUGUGAGUCCCUGUAAAUGUAAUGUAGUGCUUAAGACAGUUGUUCAACACUCUGGGCUUUUUGGUAUAUUGGUAGCUUUACAUAUAAACAAAGAUGUGGACAAAACAGCAACAACAGAAGGUGUACGUUUUAUUUUUGUGGCUUUGCUUGACUGUUGGACUAAGUACAGGGCUUAAUUGCUUAGGCUGUUAACUAAAAGGAAAGGUUGUCUGAUAUUGCAAGCUCUGUGCUCUUGUCAGUGUGCAUUGGGUGAUAUUUUAACCUACUGGUGCCUGAAGUUAGUGAUUUACAACCUCAACAACUAAAACAUCCUGGUGCUACUCACUUGAGCAUUGAGUGACAUUUUUAAUUCCUGUACCAAAGAGUUCAUUUUCUUUUUGGUUGACUGAGUUUUUUCUCACAUCCUUGUGUUUAUAAAGUAGAAUUUAAUAUUAUUAAAAACAAUUUUGAUGAACAGAUAUUACUUUUUUGCACACUGCUGCCUCAAUUUAAUUGGUUUUAAAUGCCUCUUUGGACACUUUUUUUGAGUCAGGCAGACUAGUACGAUUUUUCGUCUUUUAUUUUAAUAUAAAUUGACUACUUUAAAAGGUAGUUUUAAUAGGUUGAAGUUACGGAAGAUAACUGAAGUACUUUGCACAAUAUCUUUUUGUUUUUUUUUUUCUGCAGGAAUAAAUGGGAAAUGAUAACUCUACUUUUACUUCUAUAAAUUAACUAUAUAGCUUAUUGGGCCCUUUUAAUGAAUGCUGUAACAAAAUGCUAACAUGAAAAGUUAAGGGCUCAUUCUGAUUACAAAUGAAAAAUUGUACAUCUGUGUGUAUGUGUGUAUAAUCCUUACUGGCAUUAAAGAAUAUUUUCAUUUGCCUAUUUUACAAGUAAAGAUAAAAUUAAAGAACACUUUUAAAAAAAUGUAUGUAUACAUAAGUACUUUCCCAGGAGGAAAUGCAAAUGUACCUUGAUUUAAGCAGAACUGCUAAUAGAAAAUUGAAUUUUACAAAAAAAAAAAAAAAGUCUGGAUGUUGUUACUUUACAUAAAAAGUCAGAGUUAGGUUAUUUUAAAAACUAAUUCUGCUUAGUAAUUCAUUUUACAAGUACUGGGAGAAAAUACCCUUUAGAAGUACUUGUAAUUGUCCAAAUGUAAUACUGCUAUGCGUACUAUUCUGGUUCCCUAUUUUUCCACACAGACUUUCAAAACACUCAUUUACUGUCCUUGAAACUGUAACUGAUAUGGUUAAAAAUUCUGGCAGGAAGAUAAUAGUGUAUAUGUACUGGAAAAGUAGACAAUCACAUUUGAGAAUGUUUAGAUUCACUCAACUGAAACCAAUCUCUCCUUGAAUGUAGAUACAAUAUAUGGUUUUGCAGUGAAUUCUGAAUGGAAAAAAAGAAGUCUGAAAUUACAUGAAAUGUAAUGUAGAAUCAUUUGAAUGAUUUAUAGAAAUAUGGAUGGAUGUCCACAUCAUAAGAGGUUUGACAACAAAAUGGGAAGAAGCAACAUUAUGUCUCUCUCUCAUUGUCAACAAUAUAUUUCCUAGAUUUGUUGCCACAAUAAGGGUUGUUUGACUUGUUUAUGUAUUGUUUAAAUUACUGUGCUGAAUGCAGUUAUUUGUUCAAGUUACUGGGUAGUAGAGAAUUUAUCACUGUCUGCUGUCCUCCAGAGAUGGUAUCAAAAAGAAGUUGUUCCUUUAGCAUGGGUAGAAUGAAGCAACUAAAUGAUGCAAUAGGAAGAAUUUUCGCCACUCUUGCAGAUCAUCAGACAAGGGAGUUAUAAGUUGCAAGUCUGACACUGUGGAAACAGGAUAGGCUGUUGGAAGCUCUGAGCAGAGAUGAUCAUGCCUGUAUAAGCUCUGUGUCCUUCGAAUUAGUCUUUUAAAAAAAAUCUGACUGGCAAGUUUAAUGACUAGGUAAAGUUGUGUCUUUACCUCAAAUUGUGUCUAAUCCUUAACGUAAAAGACUUUUAAUAUUGGUAUAUUCCCAAGGCCAGAUGAAGAUACUGAUUUUUGUCAGGUGUUUUUUUCAUUCAGUGCAUAUGCUUCAAUCUGAGUGCUGUUUUGCUGUAUUGUCUAUUUUACCUUGUCUGUUCCCUUAAGAGCAACUAAAGAAAAUCUUUUCUAACAUUUCUAGUGCUAAUGGUAGCAAGGAAAAUAGUAGUGGACAGAUAUGGGACUAGAUUGUGAAGAGGGAGAAAAAUGAUGGGUGGGAGCUGUGUAUCUGAGAUACACAUGUUUAAAUGAAAAGUCUACACUGGUUCUUGAAAAACAAAUCAUGUAUCUACCUUAGAAACAAUGUUGUGUGUGUGUUUUUAAAUUUAUUUUAGCGAUUUAGUUUUAUUCGUGUAAUAUGUUUUUUUGCAGAUUGUUUUUAAUUUUAAAUUGUGUAAUUUUUACUUCUUGAAAUGUAUUAUGUACUGUAUUUUUAGAAAUCUUAUUUUUAAAUAAAUAUUUUUUAAAAAUA